AUGGAAAGCUCAAGCGACUCUGAAGCAGAACGUGAGGCAGUUAAGCAGGAUCUUAAAAAUGCUAAAAUAAAUCACAGUGAUCUCACGAAGGAUAUGGAGGUAAAAGCCAUCCGAUACGCAGUCGAAGCAAUAAGCAAGUCAACUCUUGAUAAAGAUGCUGGGAGUUACUUAAAGCAAAAACUGGACACUGACCCAGAUUUUCAAGGAGGUGGAGACGGUGCUUGGCAGGUUGUAAUAGGCCGAUCCUUUGCUGCAAGCUUAACUUAUGCGACGCACUACUUGAUGUUUUUUGAACUCUUGAGUAAGCGCAGAAGUGUCCUUAUCUUUAAAACCCAAUAA